AUGAAGCUCUCUGCUCUCUUCAGUGCUGCCAUCUCGGCAGGCCUAGGUGGAGCUAUUGUGAUCAACGGAAAUUUGGUCCAGAACUCCGUUGGAUGUGCCAGCGAAAACUUCGACAGUGCACAUAUUCUUGCCGCUGCCAACCAGGCUCGGGUACUUCACAAUGCAGGAAGGAAAGUUGGCCCGUACCCAGGAAAUGACCCUAGAAACUAUCCGCAUUACUUCGGAAACCUCAACGGCAACCAGCCAGCUAUUCCUCUCUCCCGUGACUGUGUCGGUGUGGGCCUAGAGGAGUUUCCGCUCGUGCGUAGCUCGAACCCCUAUAACGGGGGCACGCCUGGUGUGCAACGGGUGGUUGUGAGCUAUGAACCUAAUGCUAACGACGUUCGGUAUGCUCUCGGCCUUUGUAUUUCGGUCAGUAGUACAGGCAGAACUAAUUAUGGGAUCUAUAUCUAG